AGUGCAUAGAGAGAGUACAAACUGGGUCAUUGUAAAAGUGUGGUUUUAUCGUGAAUCAAGAGGGAAGUCUGAAAUGUUUGGCUUUAAGGGAUUUUUGCUGUUUUCGUGUUGUCUGGCUUCAUCAUUUUCGGAAUAUUUAGUAGAUGCUGAUUUUUCUUUACUACAAGAGGACAACAACUUUUUUCACGAACGAUUUAAAAGAGCACUUUUUAAACGAGGCAGCAACCCAAAUGAAUGUAGUAUACCAAUGUGUAAAAAAGUGACAGCCGAAUUGCUGUUGUCUAUGGAUCAUAAUGCCGAUGCAUGUGAAGAGUUUUUCGAGAUGAUUUGUGGAAACCAAGUAGCAGAGAGAGGUUUUACAAGUGAUAGUUUCGAGACGUUGGAAUAUUAUUUGAAUAACAAAGUUACGUAUACAUCCGAAAAGUAUUUGCAAGAUUUUAAGAGGUUUUAUGACAGCUGUUUACGAUAUUCUCUGGAUUUUGGUUAUCUACGUAAUUUAGAUUUCAUUGCAACUCCAGCAAUAAACGAUUUAACUCAAGUUUUUGUGGAGGCCAUUUUGACACAGUCAAUGCCGUUUUUGGAUAUUGGACUGGAUAUUGAUGCUAAUGAUGAGAGUUAUACAUUUGUGUUAACAUUACCAGGUGUGAGUUACCUUAAAACUCACACAAAUGGGUGGUCAGUUUUUGAAGAAGUUGAACGAGAAUGUUUGGAAGAAGCUCAAAACUCUGUAGGAGCUAAGACUGUUGAUUUAGAACAAAUGUAUUCCAAAUACGUAAAGUGCAAACGAGUCGUUUUAUUAAAAUAUGCUGAAGAAUUUGAAGCCGUUAUGAAACUUACUAACAAAAUGAGCGACAAUGAGGCCUAUUUAGAAGAACUAAUUAGGUUGUAUCAGAAAUUUCAAUUACCGCAGGAGAUAAUAAGAACUAAACAGGUUGAAAAAACCUUUGUGUCAGUAAACAUUAAUGAUCUAGAUAAGAAGUAUGGUUUAAUAGAUUGGAAAACAUUUUUUGACAAAUUAGUUAAUAAUCAAACAAUUACUGGAACCGAAAAAGUGUUGGUAGCGUUUCCUGAUUACUUUCGAGCUGUAUUUGCAGAAUUUAAAAAAAUGGAUCAAAGCAAACUGGUCAAUAUGUUUCAAGAAUUCACAAGAUUUCAACUAUACCGAGCAUUUGCCGUUUCACGAAGAACAGAUAACAGAGAAAUGUACUGCAUGAGUUUAGCUCACGAAAUAAUGCCAGAUAUUGUAUCAGACAUUGUCUACGACCUCAACCCUGCCAAGAAAAUUUUUUUCUCCGUGUAUCAAGCAAACAAAAUAUUUUCUGAUCUAAAAGAUGCCUUAAAACAAUCCAUUGAGGAUUCAACUUUGGAUGAUACCUCGAAAGAGAAAUUCGGAAAGAAACUUGAACGAUUAAAUUUGGGACUUAUAUCAGUCGGUGACAAAAAUACUACUAGGGAUAACUAUAGAUAUCUAAAAGUUAGAGCCGAUUUCCAAGAAAACUUGAUGUCUCUGUUAAAAAAUUACAGAAAGUUUAUAUAUAGCUUUGUGGGACAUAAUUCAACGGCGGCGUCUCUACUGAACUUUUUUGUAAGUCCAUUUUCCAAAAGACCAGAGUCAUUUUACUCCAACGAUGCAAUAGUGUUGCAUCCAACUGUUUAUAAAUAUGUUCCAAGUGGCCUUCCAGAACAUAUUCGUGUAGCAAAAUUGGGAUUCUUUUUAGCGCAAGAAAUAGCAAAACAUUUUGAUCCUAUUGGACGACUGUUUAUGACAAAUAAUUUAAAAUCGAAUGACGAUUUUUAUGAUGAUUUAGUUAAACAUAUGAAUGAGUUGUUUGACACCUACUACACAAAAACACCUUUUACGUUUCAUAAAAGCAAUCUUAAAUUUAAGCCAGUAAAUGGUAAACUAUUUUUAAAUGAGUUGAUAUCGGACAACGCUGCUUUCCGAUUAGUAUCUGACUACGUUAAAGCUAUAAAGAAAACUAAAGAAUUGCCUUGGAUUAUAAACGGCACCAUAACAGUACACCAAAGCUUCUUUAUCGCAUUUGGCCAAGAAUUCUGCGACGACCAGUCAGAAGCAAUUUUCAUGAGAGAUCUUUUUGAAAAACGUCAGUUACCACCAAUUAUUAAAAUCCGCAAUAUUGUUAGCAAUUCCGAAUAUUUUGCUGAAAUCUUUAAGUGCGUAGAGGGAUCAUCUCUGUGGCUAGAUCCAUCUGUUAUAAGACAAUUUCCUCAUCCUCCUGUAGAUGAUUAUGAAGAAGGUGAAGAGGGCGAAGAUGACUAUAAUCCAUAAUAGAAUAAAAUAAAAUGUUGAAAUUU